GGCGACCCAGACAUGGCGCUGCGGAGCUGCUAUCAUCAUGAUGGGGGGACUCUUAGCUAGUAGUAAACCAAAUACGGAUCAUUAUUGCUACAGUGGCUGAUGCUUGAGGCGAAGACCCGUUGAAAAAGCAGACAAUUGCCACAUGUCCGACAACAGCUUAGCAUACGCCAAGGUAGUGUUGGAGCUCACGAGCAAUGACCCUCUACAAGUCCUGACGUUGGAAGAUGCCCAAGAGAAAGGUAGUGUCGAGCUUAUUGAACUAUCAAACCAAUCAAGUCAGCUCAACACCCCGGCAACAGAGAAUUAUGAUACACUGGCAUCAAUUGGUAAGCUUAAUAUCCCAACAACCACCACUACCGGUACUGGUACCGGUACCCAGGAAGCUCAAGAGGCCAGUUCAACAGAAGGCACCCAAAAUCUCCUUCUAGCAGUGGGCCUACGACUAAUACCAGAAACAAUCCAAGAAGAAAAACCACAUUUGCAUUUGCCAGAAGACAGACAGGUCACAUUUCCAGGUGCCUUCGCCGUUGAAGGACGUUCUGCCGGUCAAGAUGACAACAUCCUGGAGCAUUCUGCGCAAGCGACCAUCAACGCCAUUGUUUCACAUGUUAUGAGAGAAAACGAUGAAGAUGCCAACCUGCUCGACCACACAGGGCAAGCACAAUCUAACAAGAGAUCACAGCAAUGGUGCAGGCAAAGGUUGUGUCUUGCUUUGUCAUUGGAAGUCAACGUGGUUCUUGUUGCAGUGAUUUCAGUACUCCUAAUAUUUGUGUUAGUUUCUAGUGGAGGGCACAACAACAACAAUAACAACAACGACCCAUUGAUACGCCAAGAAAAUGACGUGAUUCAAAUUCCUGGAACUCUCCAAGGAACAACGCCAACACGGGCACCAACAACCGUUCUGGAAUCACUCAAUUUACCUGAAUACACCAUCAUGGCGAUGCAAAACCAUAGGUCUCCUCAGUUUGAAGCCUAUGAAUGGCUAGCUUAUAACAUCAACAAUGCAAGUUCUACCCUUCAUAUACCAAAGUGGAGACUGAUACAGAGAUUUGCUCUGGCCACAAUCUACUACUCUACAAGGGGAGACCAUUGGGUGAAGCAUCAAGGAUGGUUGGACUGGGCCUCUGAUGAAUGCAAUUGGGCACAACCACAAAUAGGUUUGAAGAAAAGACUCUCUCCAGAACAGUCCUGCAAUGAGAUGGGCAAAAUCAAAGCGUUUACAUUUACGACUCCAAAUAACAUGGAUGGAACAAUUCCGCCUGAAAUCUCAUUGCUAGGGGGGAGCCUUGAGUCUUUCACAUUGAUUCGACAAUUCAGACUCAGAGGGACUAUCCCUUCUGAGCUUGGACUGCUGACAAAAUUGACCAAGUUGAUCUUGAUAUCAACAAGUAUCAUUGGAACCAUCCCAACAGAGUUUGGGAGGCUGAAAAGCCUUCAGAAUCUUCAACUUGAAAGCUUACCAAUUCGUGGGCAUAUCCCAUCAGAGAUUGGCAAUUUGCGCAACCUAUCAACAUUGAUGUUAGUGAAAGUAGAUGUAGCCGGUUCAGUUCCUUCUGAAAUUUUGCAAUUGCCUGGCCUGGAGGCUUUGCGCAUUGAUGAAUGCCCCGGAUUGAACUCAGAAUACGUCCUUCAAGAUACCAUUGGAAACUUGCAACAGAUGAAGUUGCUCUUUCUGUCAAGCCAGAAUUCGGGGAUGGAGAUAUCAAUUCCACCUGAAAUAGGCACACUGACACAACUACGUUACCUACAUUUAAUCAACUGGAAUAUUCAUGGGACCAUACCGGGGGAGGUUGGAAAGUUGGAAAAUUUGGCCAUGCUGGAAUUGGAUGGCAACUCAAUCUCCGGAACUCUGCCACAGCGAUUGUUAAAGUUGACAAAUCUGAUAUAUUUACAUCUUGGUUCCAACAAGUUGAAGGGAAAAUUGCCACCUAGCCUUUUUUCCCAGCUUACAAACCUUAGGUUUCUAUCCUUCAGUGACAACAUCUUCUCGGGUUCCAUUCCAACAGAAGUUGGUCUGCUGUCCAGCUUGGAGACUCUGGAAUUACACAAUACCAACUUAUUGGGCACAUUGCCGGCAGAGGUACUUGCUCUGGGGAACUUGACAAGCUUGGUACUCAAAAACACAUCUCUGUCUGGAAGUAUCCCUGCAGUGUUGUGUGACAAAAUGUACCAAAAGACCUGGAAUUGCCUUGGAGGCCCUGGCUGCAAACAGUUACCAGUGAAAACCAGCACAACUGCGUGUCAUGGAACUUCCCUAUGCGGAUGCGAUUGUGGUCCUUGCCCAUAGGUAACCAGGAGAGAUGAAAGGGUGUCUUGUUGCUUUCCUAUUUAGCUAGCUAUUUGAGUACCGUGAACCUUCGUCAGAGACGAAACAAGUUUGCUACCGGUAUGUUAGAAUUGGUAUCCACCACUGUUUUCGCUGAUGCAGAGAAUCGAACAACGUGGACGCGGUAGCUAGCUACUUAGUUACUGAAUGAUCCUGCUCAAGACGUCUCUGUCCAAUGCCAACACCUGGGCAAAUACCACCUAGCUAGUGGUCCUCACUUAGUUGUCACGAUGGUGGAUUGUUGUUUCCAGUUGUGGCUUCUGCCAAUGCUUUCUGUGCUUGUACCAUUUGUUGUUGAAUGGUAUCGGUCAAGAUGAGGAUAAAGUCGUGUGCCAGC